AUGCUUCAACAACAUUCUCGUCUAUCAAAUAGUGAUGAUGAUUCUGGAUGUGCUUUGGAAGAAUAUGCUUGGUGUCCACCAAGUCUUAAAGCAGAACAAGUUCGACAAUUUUUUAAAUGUUUUCCUGAAGAUAAAGUUCCAUUUCUUAAUUCGAUUGGUGAAAAAUAUCGAACAAAAAUGCUUGAAGAACAACUACCUCCACAUGAUUCUGAUCCAAAAUAUUGUCGUUCAUUAAAUGAAGAUGAAAAAAAUGAAUUAAGAAUAUUCAAUGAACAACAACGACAUAAUGCACUUGGUCGUGGUUCUGCUAGACAAUUACCAUUGACACAAUCACCUAUACCCUGUCGUGGAUGUCAAAAAUUGAUUGACUCAGGUUCGAUAUGUGUAUUUGCCGAACGAGCCGGCCGUACUGGUCUUUGGCAUCCACAAUGUUUUACUUGUAAACAAUGCAAAGAAUUUCUUGUUAACUUAAUAUAUUUUUACAAAGAUGGUCAACUUUAUUGUGGACGACAUCAUGCUGAAUUAUAUAAACCACGAUGUACAGCAUGUGAUGAAAUCAUCUUUGGCGAUGAAUGUACUGAAGCCGAAGGUUAUAGUUGGCAUAUGGAUCAUUUUUGUUGUUCAAAUUGUAAAAAACGUCUAGGUGGUGAACGAUAUGUUAUGCGUCAAACUCAACCAUAUUGUUUAAAUUGUUUUGAAACAAUGUAUGCUGAAUAUUGUGAUACAUGUGGUGAACGUAUUGAAACUGAUCAACCACAAAUGGCACAUGAAUCUCAACAUUGGCAUGCAACUGAUGCUUGUUUUUAUUGUUAUACAUGUCGUAUACCACUUCAUAAUCGUGGUUUUUUUCCACGUUAUGGUGCAUUAUUUUGUUCAAAUGAAUGUGCAUUACAACGAAAUAAUCGUUUAAAUACAAAAUUAAUUCAACAAAAUAGAUUUCAUCAAAGUCCUGAUAUUAUACCAACAUCAUAUACACAUACAAAUCAACAUGUUAGAAUUAUUCCAGCACGUCCUAAAACUACAAAUCAACAACAACAAAUUAUAUCAAAUCGAAGAACAAAAGAACAAACAGGUUAUGCAUCAGAUGGUGCUGGUGUUCAAAAAUAUAAACGUGAUUAUAAUAAUGGUUAUUUAUCUGAUGGUACUGGUAGUCGUCGUUAUAAUCGUAAUCAUCAACCACAAGUAUUUCUUCAAUAUCAAUCAUCUCCUAAUUCAAUAUUAACAAAUGAUCAUCAUGAAAAACAAAAAUUAAAUAUAACAAGAAGUCGUUCACGUGAACCAAUACAAUUUUAUAAUGAUUUAAAUCUUGAACAACUUGAUCGUCAUGGUGCAACACUUGAAAUUGCAAAUUGUUCAACAUCAAAAUCAUCACGUGCAUCAUUACCUGAUUUAAGUCGUAAAUCAAUAUCAAAAUCAAAAGUAAAAACUUAUCCAACAAUAUCACAAGAAACAUUAGUUGAACAACCAACAAAUCGUUUAAAAAAUUUCGAUUCAAAUGAAAUUAUGUAUCCUAUAUCCCGACCGAAAUCAACAACUUAUUCAACAAUAUCAUCACAAUUUCCACGUUCACGUUCAUUAAAUGGUUCAUCAAGAUUUACAAAACAACAUCAUGUUCGUUUUGUUGAUGAUGAUAAUGAUAAUAAAGAUAAAAUUCAUAAACGUUCACCAACAAUAAGUUAUAGAUCAAAACAAAAAAAUAUUUCAACAAUACGUCGAUCAUCUUCAUCAUCAUCGUCCGAUGAUGAUGAUGAACAAGAUGAUUUUAAUUCAAUAUAUCAUCAAUUUGAUAUACAUGGAAAUCGUAUUAGAAAACCAAUGAAUUAUGGUACAAAAAUAAGUUAUGUUGAUGAAUGUGGUAGUCAUGGAACGAAUACAAUCAAUCCAGCAUUAAUGAAAAAAUCAAUAACAUCAAAUAAAAAAGAUAAGAAAUCAAAUGAUGGUCGAAGGAAAAAAGAUUGUAUUAUUAGUUAA